AGGCAACAUUAGACCAGAAGAUUCCUCCAAAGGAAGAAUCAACUGUAUCUGAACUCCCAUCAAUUAUAUUUUCAGGCUACAUUAAUUAUGUCAAUGAUUUUAACGAAUGUGCUAUGAUUUGUGAUAAUCUUAUAAAUAGAAAAAUAUGAUAAAAUAGUACCAAUAGGAUUUGAUUUGGAGUGGCCUUUUAGUUUUCAAACUGGAUCUGGUAAAACAGCCUUGGCACAAAUCUGUUUCAGUGAAAAUAUUUGUUAUCUGUUACAUAUAUAUUCAUUAAAAAAAUUACCAGCUGCAUUUGUGGUCCUUUUAAGUCAUCCAAAAGUGAGAUUAGUUGGAGUUAACAUAAAGAAUGAUAUCUGGAAACUAGGUAGAGAUUUUAAGGAAUUUCCAGCUUGUAAAGUCGUAGAAAACAAUUGUAUUGAUUGUGGUAAAUUUGCAAAUACAGUAUUAAAUAGGUCUUGUCGGUGGAGUUUAGAGAAGUUAACAGAAUAUUUGUUAAAGAAAAAGAUUAGUAAGGACCCAAAAGUUAGAAAAAGUAAAUGGCAUAUACAUCCAUUAAAUGAUGAGCAGAAACUUUAUGCAGCGACAGAUGCUUAUGUUUCUUGGCUUUUGCAUGUAACUAUACAAGAACGAGCAAAUUUAAAGGAUAAUGAAUUAAAAGAGACACAGAAUAUUAAUGUCUCGAUAUGACUACAAAAAUAGUUAAAGUUUUAUGGGCUGGUAGAUUAAGUUAUAGAUCCGGGCUUAAGCUACAAAAAAUAUUAUCUGAUCAGCAUCACCAAAGGGUAGAAAACAAUAGUUGCAAUACAUUAAUAUUGCUUGAGCAUGAUCCAGUAUAUACAGUUGGAAUUAGAGAUAAAGAUUAUACACUAAAAGAUCAAAAGAAGUUAAAAAGUUUAGGUGCUGAGUUUUUUAGAACAAAUCGAGGUGGCCUUAUAACUUUUCAUGGGCCUGGACAAUUAGUAGCAUAUCCUAUAUUAAAUUUAAAAGAUUUUAAAGCUAGCAUUAAAUGGUAUGUGUGCCAAAUAGAGAAAAUGAUUAUUCGUUUAUGCGCCGAAUUUGGCAUUAAAGGUGAAACAUCCCCAAACACUGGUGUAUGGGUGAAUGACAAAAAGAUUUGUGCCAUUGGUAUUCAUGGAAGUCGUUAUAUAACAACACAUGGUUUAGCUUUAAAUUGUAAUACAGACUUAAGUUGGUUUAAUCAUAUUAUACCUUGUGGUAUCAAAGGAAAGGGUGUAACAAGCAUUAGUCAGGAACUUAAUAUAAAUGUUACUAUUCAAGAUGUGCUACCACUGUUUCAAAAUGCUUUUCAAAAUCAAUUUCAAUGUACAUUAAUUGAAUAUCCAAUAGAAGAAUCUUAUCAAUUGUUUAAGCUUGUUAACAACAAUCUGUGUGCACAAAAGACUUAAAAAGUUGAAUGUAAUAAUUUUAAUAAAUUUAAAUAAUUUUAUAUAACACAUGAGAUUAAAUGUUCUUCUUCAUUUUACUUUUAUUAUUAUAGAUUAUUACCUUUUUUCGCGAGAUAAAAGGUAAAUAACAAUUUUUGUCUUAUAAUUUAGGGGAUUAUCUGAUUUUCUUGUCAUUUUUGUAUCUCAUGCGGUAUUACUAAUUCCAGUUAUCCUGGUUAUUUGUGUUUGAAGUUAUUUCUCUAUGAUCUUGAUAAAUACUUUAUCGCGGGAACUUGGCUUUAUAUCAUUGAUAUCGAUAUGUAAACAAAAACAAAAUUCGAAAUUAUCAUAUAUCAUUUCACUGCUCAAACACCCAGUCAGAGUCAUUGUUUAGAGACUCAAUGUCGAUGGUGUAGCAAGAAAAAAUCAAAAUACAAAGGACAGAACAUACUCUAA